UGAGAGAACAAAGCAAGCUGUAGCUUUAUCUACAUUUCCACGAGUCUUACUCUACCUUAUUGAAGCGAUAAACGAUAGAGAAACAUGGAAAACAAAAAUACUACCUCCCUUGCUGAACAGAAACUAGAAGCUCCCGAAUGCAAAGAGGAUUCACUUCUCCCCAUUGCUGAGAAGGGACUUUUCUUCCACGAUUCCUUCUUCGAGGAUAUUCGGAAGCACUUUGAGACAGCCAUCGACCAAAUCCUGGACACUUGGGGAGAAACCAAGUCCGUGAGUGAUCUGAUGAGUAGCUACAGACGUGUAAGAGAUCGCAAUCUCCAACAGGAGAACCAUGUCAUGGCCUUCAGCGAAGACGACCACAAUCAUAAGCGCUUAUCACUGGUCAUGAACCCAUUCCUCCCAUUCUGGCUGCGCUUCUCAGCCCAAGAUCCGCGUAAUGAUAUCCGGUUGCGAGAGGGACCGACCCACUUGCAGCCAUCUACUUUUGCAAAACGCGAGAUCUGA